CUGUUAGCCGGAAUGAAUACAGCCCAGCUCUCGUCCGCCUGACCUAGUGAGAGAACUGUAAACUUUGACACGAUUAAGAUUUUGGCAAGAUUUUUGACAGAAUGGGACACUGCUGUACUGUGCUCCUUAUAGUAUUCCUUGCGCUACAGCAAGCUGCCGGAUUUUGGCUCUUCGAUGUCUUUCCAUCAAGUUUCAAAACUCAAAACAAAGUGUCAAACAAUAGCACUCCGCCGGUUCUUAUAGUGCCUGGGACUGCAGGAAACCAGCUUGAAGCCAAGAUUGACAAGCCAAGCCGUGUGCAUUGGAUGUGCUACAAAAAGACAGAUGACUUUUUCACACUUUGGAUUGAUCUGAAUAUGUUCAUGCCAAUUGGGAUUAACUGUUGGAUUGAUAAUAUAAGAAUUGUAUACAAUAGGACAACUCGCAAGUCAUCCAAUUCUGCAGGGGUGUCUGUGAGAGUGCCUGGUUUUGGACAGACAUAUACUGUUGAGUUCUUGGACAACCACAAGCUGUCAGGUGAGAACAACCAUAAUGAGGCCAUCUUUUCCUAUGUCUUCUUUUUGAUUUCAUUGAAUGAGAUGUCUCCUUUUCCAGGUUAUUUUAAUAAUAUGGUUACACAUUUGGUCAACAUGGGAUAUGUCCGCAAUGAGGCGGUCCGAGCAGCACCAUAUGACUUCAGAGUAGCUCCGAACGAGCAGGAGGAAUACUUUGCACGACUGAAGAAGCUGAUUGAGGAUAUGUACGAGAGGGAUCAACAACCACUUUACAUCCUGGGCCAUAGCAUGGGAAGCAAUUAUAUCCUCUACUUCUUAUAUCAGCAGACCCAGGCUUGGAAAGACGAAUACAUCAAAGGCUUCAUUUCACUUGGAGCACCCUGGGGUGGGGCUAUCAAGACCCUUCGAGUACUAGCAUCAGGUGAAAAUCUUGGCAUCCCACUGGUGUCCAACAUCAAGAUCCGGGAGCAGCAGCGGAUGACCACCACAAACCCCUGGAUGCUUCCAUUUGAAGAGGUCUGGCCUACAGACCACGUCUUCAUCUCCACGCCAUUAUUCAACUAUACCCGCCAGGACUACCAGCGCUUCUUUAAAGACAUUGACUUUGAAGAUGGCUGGUUCAUGUGGGAAGACACUAGAAACUUGACAGCUGGUCUGCCCCCUCCUGGUGUUGAGAUGUACUGCUUCUAUGGUGUGGGGCUGCCCACACCAGUUACCUAUAUUUAUGACGACCAGUUCCCAAAUGCAGACCCCAUAGACUAUGUGUAUGCUGAUGGGGAUGAUACAGUGGACAGUCUUAGCCUCAGUCUUUGUAAACGCUGGAGAGGGAAGCAAGCACAGCCUGUCCAUGUCAAGGAAUUCAGGUCUAUGCCCCACAUGGAAAUAGUAUUAAAUAGGAAGGUGAUCAAUGUGGUCCAGAGUAUUCUGGAGGGAAGAUAUGGUGAAGAGGAUUCUACAUUGAUGAACUGAUGAACAUCCCAUUGAUUCCCCACUCAUGCAAGAUCAGGCCCAGCCGGACCAGCCUCCCAAAUCUAUACUGUAAGCUUUUGGGGAGAAAAUUAUUCACCCUCCCAAUAUACAUACUAUUACUGAUGCCAGUAGGCUAGCUACGGAGGUGGACUUAUACACAAUGUACAAACCACUAGGAACACCUGCUCUUUCCAUGACAGACUGACCAGGUGAAUCCAGCUGAAAGCUAUGAUCUCUUAUUGAUGUUACUUCCAACUUCAAUCAGUGUAGAUGAAGGGGAGGAUGCAGGUUAUAGAAUGAAGACAAUUACCACCCCAUAAUAUUAUUUGCGCCUCUACCAGAUGGAAACUAAAAGUGUAAUGGCUGUGCUCAAUGUAAUGGCACUUACAAAUGUAGACCCUUCAAACACCCUCAAACAGGGAAACGGAUCCCAAUCAAAGGUGUUAUCAUGUGCUAAGGCACUAAGGCAGUUAUUUGUGUUAUAACUUUUCCUUGUGGUAAAAAUUGUUGGUAAAAGAAAGCUCAGAUUAAAAAUAAGAAUCAUGGAGCAUCGUAGCACCAUUAGGUGCAAAAACUCCCUAGAAGAGGGGGUGACCUCGAAAACGAGAGGCCGCCUGGAUCUUUCAUUUAAAGACCCCCUCUCUCUUGCUCCCUUCGGUAUCAAUGUAGACUUUGAUCUGAAGCCAUUCUUGUGAUUGUGAUUUUCCUAUUCAUUGUAAAUAUUUAUAGGCCUAUGUAGACAAAUUGUAUCUAUGAUCGUAUGUUAUCCAUUCACGCUUUUUAUAUGUUCUAUUUAUAUCUGUAAAUCAACCAAUGAAAUCAAGCCACACUCAGCCAUGAUUACAGACACCUGUGUGUCCUUUGAAACUCUAUAAACUAGUGAACCGCAGUGUUUGUCAUUAUACCCUGAUGAAGACAGCUCGUCUGUCGAAACGUUGGUUAUUAAAGUAUUGCAUCUGAACUCCUA